CAAGCCCUUUCUUUUGCCACGAACCGCCGGUUUCUUCGCCCCUAUCCACACGCUCGGCGCCUGUCUUGAAACCCGCAAGACACCUCCACAGACGGCAUCCAAAACUAGCGGGGAAAUUGAGUCCUGGGCAACUUCCCCUUUACCUACACCCUGUCCUUUUCAUCGCGGAACAACUCCUACCAGCGGUUAAACAGACGCGUACAAAAUGGCUGAGCCCGCACCCGCACCCUUGGAGCUCGAUCCCAAGUACGAUGACUACGACUACCCGACUACGGCCCCAACCCCCCAGAGCGGGCAUCCCGGCUACCUGACGCCUCAACAGCAGGCCCAGGUCCACCAGCUGAGGCUGCUCCUCGAAUCGGAGGGUUACAAGGAGCGGCUUGACACGCUCACGCUGCUGCGUUUCCUGCGUGCCCGCAAGUUUGAUGUUGAGCUGGCCAAGACCAUGUUCAUCGAAUGCGAGAAGUGGCGGCAAGAGACCAAGCUCGACGAAUUGCUGCCGACUUGGGAAUACCCCGAGAAGGAGGAGGUUUUCAAGUACUAUCCCCAGUACUACCACAAGACCGACAAGGAUGGACGCCCCGUCUACAUCGAGCAGCUCGGAGGGAUCGACCUGACGGCCAUGUACAAGAUCACGACGGCGGAGCGCAUGCUGACAAACCUGGCGGUUGAGUACGAGCGGGUGGCGGACCCGCGGCUGCCGGCGUGCAGCCGCAAGGCGGGCACGCUGCUUGAGACUUGCUGCACCAUCAUGGACUUCAAGGGCGUCGGCCUGGCAAAGGCGCCGCAGGUGUACGGGUACGUUAAGCAGGCCAGCGCCCUCAGCCAAAACUACUACCCGGAGCGCCUCGGCCAUCUGUACCUGAUCAACACCCCUUGGGGCUUCAGCACCGUCUGGAGCGUCGUCAAGGGCUGGCUGGACCCCGUCACGGUCAAGAAGAUCCAUGUGCUCGGCAGCAACUACCAGAAGGAGCUGCUCGCCCAGAUCCCCGCCGAGAACCUGCCCAAGCAGUUUGGCGGUACGUGCGAGUGCGAGGGCGGGUGCCAUCUCAGCGACAUGGGUCCGUGGCGCGAGGAGCAGUGGGCCAGGCCCGCUAAGUGGGAGAAGAAGAAGAAGGAAGCCGAGGCCGCGGCCAAGAACGAGCCCGCGGCGGCCAAGGAGGGCACCGAGGCCGAUGCUGGCGCGCCUGCUGCUGCCGAGGCUGCCGACGCAGCCAAGGAGGACGCUGCUGUUCCGGCUGCCGCGUAGGGAAUCAGCAGCCAGACAAGGCUGGGCGUCUGAACAGGAUGGCGCGGGCUGGCUGGAGAGCGGGUCCUUGAGUCUCAGGUCCAACAAGAUCUACCGCUUGUUCUGCUGGAACAGCAGAGUUCCAGCAGCAAGGGGGAAGCCAUGAUCUUUGCAGAGUUUCUGUGGGCGUCACUGUGUGACACGUAGACUUUGUUGUGUUCUUGGUAAUACUUUAGCCAUUUGCAUGGAUACACAAUAGAUAGAUUAGUUGAAUGCCUGGUAUGGCCUUGAAUUUUCAACUCUACAUAUAGCCUGUCCCGAUGUAAAAAACGCCCUCCCCCAUCCCCUUCCCCUGAACGCCAAAACGCCGGAACACCUGAGUGGAAGGAAUGAGAGCUCGGCAAAAGGGCUCGUUCCUUUUUGGUCAUUUCCCAACGCUACUCCCAGUCACAUAGCCGGCCGCAACCCUGGCCCUCUCCAUCUUGGCGACCACGGCCGGCAUAUCCCUCUUCAACCUCCCGAGCGUCCCGACCGCAUCCCCAAACCGGGCCUCCACGUCGGCCUGCCUCUCGAGCGGGCCCAUCCCCUCGAGCGCCUUCUUGCCGCUGACGGCGCCCUCCUCGGCCACCCUCUCGCACGCGGCCUGGAGGGCCGCCUCGUCGGCGACGACGGCCGCGCCCGUGGCCUCCGCCCACCUGGACGCCGUCGACUGCGGCACGCGCCGCUUGAGCUGGGCGAUGCCGCGCAGGAGGUCCUCCUCCUCCGAGAUGAGCUGCUCGAUGCGGUCGCGCUUGCGGGGGUCGAACGGCUCGUACUCGUACUGCACCUGGGGCUCGUCGCCGUCACCGCCGCCGCCGCCGCCACCACCGCCACCGCGGUCGAGGAAGCGCGAGGGGUCGGAUAUUGGCAGGCCGUUGAUUGUCAGAUUGGGCGCGGCGAGAGUGAAGGUUCGGAUGAUGUAGUCAUUAACCAGCUGUUCAAUCUGGUUGCGCAGUUCGUCUUCUUGGUCGUCGAGUGGGUUGUCUACUGGCGGGA